UUUGAUGGCGCUGUAGCGGCUCUGUGGAAGUGUUUCUGCGCCUCGGUGAGGGAGGAUGUCUGUGUGUCGGAGCGCGCUGUGAGGAUUUAACCUGCUCAGGGGGAUUUCGGCUUCUUUUCCCGUUAGAUUUGCCUUCUUGUCGUGGGGAAAACUGGUCCAAGAUGCCGCGCUCAUUUCUCGUCAAAAAGCAUUUCAACUCCGCCAAGAAGCCGAAUUACAGCGAACUGGACUGUCCAACAGCGUUCGUGUCUCAGCAUCUCCUCAAAAGCCUGGUGAUGCCCGUGAUCCCUCAGCCCGAGGUCCUGAGUCCGGUGAUGUACAGCCCAAUCACCAUGUGGACGGCGAGCAACUCUCCGCCGUCGCCGCUUCCCACCGACCUCUCGCCCGUGUCGGGAUACCCGUCGCCCAAAGACAGCCACGAGAUCCCGAGGAGCGACGAGGACGAGCAUGAACACGAGCACGAGCAGCCGGCCUCCAUCACCACCACCGGCACCGGCGGCUCGGAUGUGGCGGAGAAGUUCCGCUGUGCUCUCUGUCACAAGUCCUACUCGACGUACGCGGGCCUGCUCAAGCACAAGCAGUUGCACUGUGACGCUCAUGCACGCAAGGCCUUCAGCUGCAAGUACUGCGAGAAGGAGUACGUGAGCCUCGGUGCGCUCAAAAUGCACAUACGGACACACACGCUGCCGUGCGUCUGCAAGCUCUGCGGCAAGGCUUUCUCACGCCCGUGGCUGCUACAGGGACACAUCCGCACACACACAGGCGAGAAGCCGUUCUCGUGUUCCCACUGCAGCCGAGCGUUCGCCGACCGAUCCAACCUCAGGGCUCACCUGCAGACGCAUUCAGACGUGAAGAAGUACCAGUGCAAGAACUGCUCCAAAACCUUCUCCAGAAUGUCUCUCCUGCACAAGCACGAGGAGUCGGGAUGCUGCGUCGCCCACUGACCCCCAUCCCAACACCCCUCCCCCUCCAUCUCCACCCUAAAAAACCAAACAGAACUGCUCUGGAAAUUCACAGUGCCUUUUAAAUAUUGCAAUAUUGCUCAAUUUCCACACACAGUAUUCCUAAUUCCAGGGGCGCGUGUGACCGAGUGUUCUAAUUUUUUUUCCUUUUUUUUUUUUAAAAAAUCAUGCGCUCAAUCAUGUGCUUCCUAUUUGUACACAGUAUUCUGACUGUUUUUUUUUUUUUGUUUUUUUGUUUUUCCUCCAUCUUGGCCUAUUUUUUAAUCCUUGUGUACUGUAAGGAAACGUUUACUGCUCCGCUCAGUCACCGCCGGAGGCCCGAGCGAUAACCUCAAGCCGAACGUUAUCCGUUACGGGAUAUUUCACGGUCAGCUGGACGAACAGCAGCCGUACCACCAAAAAAAAGACUCCAGGACCAAAAAAAGCCAUCAUCGUAGAGGGAACAAGUGCAAAGUGUUUAAAAGCGAAGCGGAUGAUCACGCCGUGACAAUCGGACUCGCAGCAGCGCUUUUCUCAGAGCUUUUCUAAUCAAUUAUUUUUUAUACGUAUUUGAAUGUACGUGUGACUGAAAUGAUUGUAUAUUGUUCGUAUGUAUGCAUUUACAUGGAAUGGGUCUUUUUUUGUAUGUCCUGUUUGUGUUUUUUUUUUUUUUUAUACACUUUAUAAAUAAAAAAGCUUCCUGUUA